GAAUCCUCGUGUCUCUUGCCUGAGAUACGACAGCUAUGACAACUGUCGCCUAUCAGCGGCAUAAUGUUCAAGCAGUCUUUCAUAAAUACAUUCAACUCACAAAGCUGUCAAGUCUCAGAUAAUCUACCAAUAUCAUAAAACCAGGGCCGAGAACGUUCUAGGUAUGGUCACCAGCCACAGCAUCUGUCACACCAAACGGUUUACUCGCGACCAACCAGCGUCAUCAAACCACGAUAGACACCUCGUCGCCGCCUUUGCUCCCAAUCAAACUCUCCCAAGCCCAUAUAUUGCCCCCCUCCAGACCAAUCUGUCCCCCCGCAAACCCCACGAUGUAGCAUCACGUCGUACAACCUUCAGCCCCAGACAUUCCAAAGGAUGGACAACCUCCGAACCAACGUCCCAAAUACCACAUCAUCAAACCCUCCUCAAUAACAGGCACCCCUUACUUAAGUAUCAUGCACGUCGCGCGCCGCCGAUCUUGUGGGUGAUACUCCCCCGUUCGACCUCCGAAAGUUACUCAACCCACGGAAAACCAACAUCAACUAGAAGACGGCCACCAGCCGUCCGCCGGUUCCUUUUCCACCCGUCCAUUCGCCCAAGAACACUGGUCUCGCCAACCAACACACCUGAGACCUUAAUCCCUCUUCCUAUUGAUCCUUCUAUAAGACGAUCAUCAUAUCAAACCAUUCUUUAAGUGCCCCCGCCUCUCAGCUGAACAAACACCCCCAGUCACAAGCGCUAAACCCAACAGAGAACAAAGCCGUCUUGGAGCCAUUGCUUCUUCCAUUCCCCCACCUUUUCCUCUCUAUUACUAUCCGUACGGAUACUGUCUCUUCGUUCUCGCUUUAGUGCGAAUACUACCUCGUCUGUGGUACACGGAAUCCGUACAGCACUCACUUGCUGACCUCGCCUGAGAGUAACCCCAGACCACCCCAGACUGGCCGCCGCCGACCCCACCUCGUUUUCGAAUGUAGGUACGGAGUACCCGCACUCCCGGUCACGUC